GCGCACAACGCACACGGCACACGUUAACUUCCGCCAGCGGAAACACCUUCGUUUCCAAACACGAUAACUUACACAAACAAAACUCUCUUUUUGACCUAAUCAAUCAAAUUCAUACCAAUUUCAACAUUACAGCACAAAAUUCUCCAAAUCAAACAUCAAAACCACUCAUUCUAUCACUGAAUUCAUCUAUAUCAUCACAAAACACUAGCUGAUUUUGUAUUUUUCUUACUUCAACAACAAUAAGUUUGAAAUUAGGGUUUACUGUGUUCUAAUUUGGUGGAUGAUGAGUCAGUCUUCGUACAGAGCUCGAUCGGUUGGGGAUUAUGUGGUAGGGAAGCAGCUCGGGUCGGGUUCGUUCUCUGUGGUGUGGCAUGCGAGGCAUAGGGUUCAUGGUACGGAAGUUGCGAUUAAGGAGAUUGUUACUGGAAAGUUGAAUAAGAAGUUGGAGGAGAGUCUCAUGUCUGAGAUUGAUAUAUUGAGGAAUAUUCAUCAUCCGAAUAUUAUUCGACUGCAUGAUAUGAUCAAGGAGCCCGGUAAGAUACAUCUUGUGCUGGAAUACUGCAAAGGAGGUGAUUUAUCUAUGUUUAUUCAAAAACGUCAAGGUAGAAUACCUAAAUCAACAUCAGUGCACUUUAUGCAGCAGUUAGCGGCUGGUUUAAAAGUCCUUCGUGAUAAUCAAAUUAUCCAUAGAGAUCUAAAACCACAGAAUCUUUUACUCUCUACAAACGAUGACAAUUCGACUUUGAAGAUUGCAGAUUUUGGUUUUGCAAGGUCUUUGCAACCUAGAAACCUUGCAGAAACCUUAUGUGGCUCGCCACUUUAUAUGGCACCAGAAAUUAUGCAGCUUCAUAAGUACGAUGCCAAGGCAGACUUAUGGAGUGUUGGUGCCAUUCUAUUUCAACUUGUAACCGGUAGAACGCCAUUUACGGGAAACAAUCAAAUUCAGUUGCAUCAAAACAUCAUGAAAUCAACUGAAUUGCAGUUUCCUCCAGAUGUGAAGGACUUGAGUCCUGAGUGCAUAGAUCUUUGUCGAAAAUUAUUGCGACAAAAUCCAGUUGAAAGGUUGACGUUUGAGGAGUUUUUCACACACCCAUUUUUCACCCAAACAAAACCUAAUGAAUUGUUAAGUGAUAGGAGGUCGCAUAGAACAACCGAUGGGUUUUCAUAUCCUAAAAGCCCAGCUUUUAAGAACAAAGAAGAAAAUAACCAAGAUGAUAACCUACCAUUCAGUCUCGAUGAUGAUUCAAAUGCUCUUGAUGGAAGCCCGCCCGUUAAGAGGUCUCCUUUGAGAUCUACGUAUGGGUUUUCCUUGGAUGCUCAAGUUGUUAAAAGAGACGUCAGACCAAAACCGGAUAAUAACGGUUUUUCAUCUGGAAAUCGUAGAUCCUCAGAAGGAAAUCUGAAAGAAGCUUUGAGAUCAAUUGACCAUAGACCAGCAAAUACGCGUUCCAAAGCGGACUCGUUGGAGUUCAUUGAUCAAGAUUAUGUUCUAGUAUCCGGUCCCUUGGGUGAUGCACCUUCUUUACCAAGUGUUUCUAAGGCGAGCCAAAUAGCAACAUCCAAAUCACCUUCUAGUGCACCUCUGCCCAUAAUUGGUGGUGCCACCAGUAAACUCCGCUGCACCGGGAGCUUUGAAAGUCAAUGUUCCGCACCAUCUGGUACUUCUCAUGGAUCAGUUGAUUUAAUCGAUGCUUCCGAACAGCCACCAACCGACAGCAUGGCGAGAAUCAAAUCAUUGCAUGAUUGUGCCUCUGCCAUCUCUGAUCUGGUCAACGACAAGAUGGAGGCAGGACACAGACUAGAAGCAUUUUCGAUUCAACUUGUGAUCCUUGCAAUAUGGAAGCAAGCACUGGAUAUCUGUCACACACAGGCUGCUUCAGCUUUUAAAGGAAGUCCAAUUCAAGAAACUACAACUUUGAACGCAAAAACCAACAGAGGAUUUGAUAGUCUUGAUAUCCAAGAAUGUCUAGAAGCUGCCACGUCACCGCAGGAUGUUUCCUGUCAUAUCGAAAGAAUAUUUCUUGGUGAAGUUGAAAAUGCUGAACAAAUUGCCAAGCUUAUAGAGCCCGGAAAUGUGGGAAUGCCAGAUGCAAUGGAAAUGAUAUUUCAGGCGGCCCUUAAUUUUGGCAUAUACGGGGCUGUGGAUGAGUGCAUGGGUCAUACUGAAAAUGCAGCAGGGUUUUAUUCAAAGGCGGUGCGUUUGUUAAGUUUUGUUCUAGUGGAAGCACCGUCUCUGAUUCUUAAUCCGCCAUUCUCGAUCACAAAUUCAGAUCGGUAUAGGCUUAGAAAGUAUAUAGAUGUUCUUAACAAUAGACAAAGCCAUUCAAGAUCUCAAAGGAUAACACUCCUGAAAGGUGUUGGCGAUCAUGGUCGUCAUUCUCCAUCAAGCUUUAACUAACCAACUGUUCAUAUUUUCACAUCAGUGCUUUGUAAAAUUCUUUCUUGUACAGCUACUACUUAUUCUUUGUGUAAGUUUGAUCUGAAUAUGGUGGUGUUGGCCUUUGUAUUGGCUCUGUGGGUGGCUUGGAUUCGACACUUUGAUACCCCUACUUUUGUCAUCUGCAAGACAAAUAUAAUAAUAUCUAAAUUCUAAUAAAA